AUGUCUAUAAAUGUCAGAAUUAAAAUUUUCUUUUCUCCUUUACUUUAUUCAAUCCUCUUUUCUUCUUUACUCCUUUACUUCAUUCAUUCAUCUUUUCUCCUUUACUUUAUUCAUUCAUCUUUUCUCCUUUACUUCAUUCAUUCAUCUUUUCUCCUUUACUUCAUUCAUUCAUCUUUUCUCCUUUACUUUAUUCAUUCAUCUUUUCUCCUUUACUUCAUUCAUUCAUCUUUUCUCCUUUACUUCAUUCAUUCAUCUUUUCUCCUUUACUUUAUUCAUUCAUCUUUUCUCCUUUACUUCUUAUUCCUCUUUUCUUCUUUACUUUUUCAUUCCUCUUUUCUCCUUUAUUUUAUUCAUUCUUCUUUCCAUAAGUUUUUCUCUCAUGUUUUUCCUUUCCUUUCUUUGGCGCAAUGCUUCUUUUCAACUACCACCUUCUUCUUCUCCUCUCCUCUCUUCUCUUUCUUUCUAAUGUCUUUCACCUAUCAUUUUUCCCCUACUCCUUUUAAUUAUCCUUCAUAUCUUUCUCUAUUUUUGUUAUUUCUAUCCACUUAUCUUUUUUCUAUCUUAGUAAAGAUUUUUCUUUGCUACUCAUUCCUUUUUUAUCACUUUUCUUCUUUGUUUUACUCUUUUGUGUUUUUUUUCAUAAUCACUUUCAAUAUUCAUUUUCUUCUUUCUUUGCCUCUUUUUUCUGUUUCUGUUACUCAUUCUUUUUCUUCAUCUAUUUAUACACUAUUAACUCUUCCUCUCUUUCCUUACCUUUCUUCUGACCUUGCUUCAAGUUUUCUCUAUCAUCAUCUUCUUCAGUGCUUCUUCUUGUUUCAUUUAUCUUUCUGCAAAUCCUCAUUCAGCACUUGCUUCUUUCCCUCUACUUUUCUUGCUUUUCUUGAUCCCAAAAUACAAAAUUGCAUCAUUAAUGACAUCAUCUGUGGUUGCUGA